AUGUCGACCGACACUAUAUCCGAUGCCCCCACCCUCAGGGACAGGGACCAAACCGACCUCGAUACGAGUAGCCUCAAGCGCAAGGCCUCGCCGAGCCCGUCGGAGGGGCCCGACUCGCCGAAGCGCUCCAGGACAGACGAAUGGACCAAGGCGACGUCGCCCGAUAGGCGGAGGAGAUCGAGAAGCGCGGACGCAAAGGAGCGAAAGGCUUCGGUAGAUGAGGCGCGAGCACGCGUGGCGCAGGAGGAGAAGAGCAGGGGCAGGAGGCUGUUUGGGGGCCUGUUGGGCACGCUGAACCAGAAGAGCUCGACGGCGCAGCAGCAAAAGAGGCUGGAGGUCGAGAAGAAGCAGCAGGAGAGGCUGAAGCAGCAGAGGGUGGCGGCGCUUGAGGCGUUGGCGGAGAAGAGGCGAGCCGUGUCGGAGAGGAGGGAGAGGGAGGGGAUGGGCUGGGAGGAGACGGUGCUGAGGAAGAAGCAUGCAGCCUUGAGGCAGCAGGCUGGGGUGCUGUGUACAAGAGCCCAACCGCCAAUCCAAUGGCGACCUUGGAAGUAUAGCGGCUCGCAGUGGGAUAUUAUCCAGGACCAGAAGGACGAAGUGGAGGACACAAUCAGGAAGGAGCCCCAAACACCCAAACCGGCCGAGCGAGCUGCAACGCCCAACGAAUCUCCCAAACCCGACGCUGGUAAAGAGUCCCCGGCUACCGGGCCGCCAACUGAAGCGGCGCCAACCGUCGCUCAAGAAACUCGAGAGACACUGUCCGACUUUGAUCGAGACCAGCCAGAUGAGUCGGGAGACGUGAUCAUGGAGUCGGGCGAGGACGUCGUCAUCUACUAA